AUGGCGAGUAAGAUCGAAUCCGUCCAAUCCGUCCUGGCGGAACGACACGAGGCCGAAGUCGAUGCCGACGGAAAACGUGAUAUCAAAUACGUAUUUGCAUUCAAGAACCUUGAUUGGGAAGCAUACCACCGCUUUCGUCCAGUCUAUCCAGAGUCUAUGUGGAAACAAUGGUUCGACUACCAUCGAAACCAUGGUGGCGCAUUUGAGAUUGCACACGACGCAGGAUGUGGUCCCGGGACGGCUGCCACGGCCAUCGGUCCGCAUUUCAAAAUGGUGUUUGUAUCCGACGCCGGUGCCUCCAACUUGGCGACUGCUGAGGCCAGUCUCAAACCACGCGAAAAAUUCACGUUUCACAGAAUUCCUGCUGAGAAGACAGCCGAGUGGCUAUCACCAGCGUCCGUCGACUUCACAUCCAUCUGCAUGGCGUUCCACUACAUGGAAAGUGCUGCUACCGUGCGUGCUGUAGCUCAAACCCUGAAGCCGGGCGGCACAUUUGCUGCCGUUACCUACGGAUUCCGUCUACUGUUCCCUGGUCAACUACGAGCUGAAGAGCUUUGGUACAAAACCACCAGCCGCGCAACACUGCGACUCAUGAGUGAAGGAAAGUUGUUUCCUGCAGCAACGCGCGGUCUUGCACGGGCCAUGACUGGCCUGGACUUUGUGGCAUUCCCCUCAAAUCUUUUCGAGGAGGGCGUACGCCGCACAUACAUCAAUGUGACCAAGGACGAGAAACGGCCACUCUACUUUGUUGACAACGAUCCGUCCCUAUGGGAAGAGGCCCCGACAUUUGUGUCACCAACAGACGUAUUGGAAUAUGUCCAAGAUGCAGCAUGGGGACGUCGAGCGGACGUCGCGUGGUUGCGUGGCUUCUUGGCCAGCUCACAGAUGGGAUUUGAUGAGAAAACUUGGGCGUCGGAGGAGUGGAAAGAGUUGGAGGCAAUUGUUUGCUCCGGACCCAACGGUACCAUUGAAGUCGAGUGGCCAGUAGCAAUGACUCUGGCCACAAGGAAGAAAGAGGCAUAA